AUGACAUUCAAGACUCUAGUUCCCUGUCUUCUGCUACCACCUUCCAUCUUUUCAACGUCUCUCUCCCGGAUCAUGGGAAACCUACUGUGUUUGGUUCAAGUAGACCAAUCUACUGUUGCUAUCAAGGAAUCAUUUGGGAAAUUUGAUGAUGUUUUGGAGCCUGGAUGUCAUUGUGUUCCUUGGAUAUUUGGAAAACAACUAGCUGGUCAUCUUUCUCUUAGAGUUCAACAGUUGGAUGUAAAGUGUGAGACCAAAACGAAGGAUAAUGUUUUUGUGAAUGUUGUGGCUUCAAUACAAUACCGUGCUCUUGCUGAUAAGGCAAGUGAUGCCUUCUAUAAACUCAGCAACACAAAGACCCAAAUCCAGGCUUAUGUUUUUGAUGUCAUAAGAGCUUUUGUACCAAAGCACAAUUUGGAUGAUACUUUUGAACAAAAGAACGAAAUUGCCAAGGCUGUUGAGCAAGAACUUGAAAAGGCUAUGUCUGCGUAUGGAUACGAGAUAGUUCAAACAUUGAUUGUUGAUAUAGAACCAGAUGAGCAUGUAAAGAAAGCAAUGAAUGAGAUCAACGCAGCUGCAAGAUUUAGGAUGGCAGCUACUGAAAAAGCAGAAGCGGAGAAAAUUCUUCAAAUCAAGAGAGCCGAGGGGGAGGCGGAGUCAAAAUAUUUGUCGGGAUUGGGUAUAGCCCGUCAAAGGCAGGCGAUUGUGGAUGGUUUGAGAGACAGUGUGUUGGGGUUUUCGGUGAAUGUUCCAGGAACGACUGCAAAAGAUGUUAUGGACAUGGUUUUAGUGACUCAGUAUUUUGACACAAUGAAGGACAUUGGUGCAUCUUCUAAAUCAUCGGCUGUGUUUAUCCCUCAUGGACCGGGUGCGGUUCGUGAGGUCGCUAAUCAAAUACGUGAUGGACUUCUUCAGGGUUCCGCCACCACCUAAUUAUUUGGAACUUUAUCGUGCAAGUAUAUGUAUAUGGUUUUGUUUCUUGCAUUCGUUUGCCUAUAGUUUAUAUGUUUGUUUUGGUUGAGUCUCCAUGAAAAAAACAAAAUAAUAUCGGCCGUGGGGUUUGCUUGUUGGGAUGUUCGGGAAUGGGGUUCAUCUUUUUAUGAAAAUAUGAAAUAAAAAUGCAAGAUUUUUGUGUGAAUUCAUCUAGAAGUUUAAUGAGUAGACCAUGGUGUCAUUAAUUUGUUCUAAUACAUCCCUUGGUUGAACCCAAGUCGUAGAUUUGUAAUUUAAGCAAUAUGCUAUGCUCAUGUUAGUUGGUUCCAAGGUGGUAUAUCUUUGUAUAAACUAGUUUCGAGUUUUGGGGUGUGGAGUUUCAAUUCCAAUAUAGAUUGGGCUUUUAUGGGAUUUGAGCAGUUAUGUCGGCCAUCUAAUGGGUUUUAGACACUUGUUUACCAUAUCUACAUCUUAUACAAGGUUAUAGGCGCUGAGAGAUUAAAUUACAAUGUGGAUGGGUUCCCUUAUGAGCAUUAGUACCUAAUUUACAUGUUACAUGAUAUCAUGAGGACAAACAUCAACAUAUAUUCAUACAAAUUACCAUUUUCAUAUUGUGGUUUGUAAGGUUUGCAAC